AUGUGUGGGUGGCGUGAUUUCAUCAGAGCCUUUGUUAGUGCUAAAGAGGAGAUUUGGCGAGUGAACAACCUUUGUUGCAGUAGUAUACCAUCACAACACCUUUGUCGCCUCCAAGGUUUCCAUCGUCGUGAAUUUGUUGACCUGCCAUCAUUCCGGUCAAUUUGUGGUACGAACUCGGAUAAGACUACCUUACAAAGAAGUUGUCUGACCCUGGUUUUAGCAUUAAAAAGAUUUCAUUUAAAUGGGUUGUCACACUCAGAAGUUAACACUACUCUCCUAACCAAUCUGUGCUCAAAAUAUAGCAUUUUCAAGAAAAAAUAUACAUUUUUAAAACUUUUUACUAUAUAUUCUUUGAAUAUCAAAAAAAAAAAUCUAACCGCUCUGAGUUCUGGAUAUCAGAAUAAACAUCGACCUAUGUGGUGUUGGCAACACUUUUAUUGUUUUAUUAAAACAAACCAUUUAAUCGAGACUUUUGAACUUUUUGUUCACACUUUUAAUUUAAAUAGCUUUUUAACCAUUUCCGAUCAACGGUUACAUACUUACUUGGUAUUAGGAGCACUCCUUUUCCAAAUAUUUUAUGCACUUUGA